AUGGGUAGCAAAAAGUAUUUUUUGGUGUGUCGUGUCGUUCUUGUGCUAAGCGGAGUUAGCGUUGGCAGCAGCAAGAUUCCCUUCAACCACCGGCAGCGCGUGCAGCCGGAUGGCAGCCUGUCCAUCAGCAACGUGCAGCAGGUCUCGGACGACGGUAGCUACGUGUGCAGGUUCACGGACUCGCGGAACCAGAAGCACACGGGCAACGUGCUGCUCAAGGUCAUCGAACCACCCGUGAUCUCCCACUACGAGUUCCGGCAGGACAUGCAAGUGGGCAUGCGCAUCAAGGUCUUCUGUACCGUGGUCCGGGGCGACGCGCCCUUCCUCUUCACCUGGCUCAAAGACGGCGUCCCCGUCGACCCGACCGCGGGGGUCCAGGCGGGCCUCAGCGUCCAGAACCAGAGGGACUACUCCAUGCUCUCGGCGGACUCACUCCAACUGGAGCACUCGGGGAACUACACCUGCGUCGUCAAGAACCAGGCGGCGACCACCACGUACUCGGCCAUGCUCAGGGUCAACGAGCCCCCCAAGUGGGAAGUGGAGCCGGAGAACGCGGCGGUUGUUCAGGGCAGAAACGUUCAGCUCCAGUGCAGCGCCAACGGAACGCCGCAGCCGACCAUCACGUGGAUGAUCGCCUCCGGUCAGUGGCGGCGUCAAACACACAUUUUCAACUCUACGCGCGAGGAGUUCCUUCCGCUGUACAACAGCCACAAGUACGGGCUGUUCCCGAACGGCACGCUGUCCAUCCAUCAGCUGGAGCCCGAGGAGUCCGGCUACUACCUGUGCAAGGCCUCCAACGGCUUCGGAGAGGACCUCAGCAAGCUCGUCUUCCUCACCGUCAAGCGGCCGCCCAAGUUCGACGUCAAGUUCCGCGCCCACGCUGUGAAGCGGGGCGAGAAGGCAAAGCUGGCGUGCAUGGCCACGGGCGACCUCCCCAUCGCCGUGUCCUGGUCCAAAAACAACGACCGCGUCCCAGACAAAAGCAAGUUCAGGGUGUCCACGGUGGCCAAUCAGAGCGUGUCCAGUGUCACUUCCACCCUGGUCGUGUCCACCGAGACCGUGGAGGACUCGGGCAUCUACAGCUGCAUGGCCAAGAACCACUACGGCUCCGACGAGACCAGCAUGCGCCUGCUCGUGCAGGAGGUGCCGGGAGCCCCCGUGAACGUGACAGUGGCCAACGCGACUGGAAACAGCCUGCUGCUAUCCUGGGCCGAGCCCUUCCGGGGAAACAGCGCCAUCACGCGGUACCUGGUACAGUUCCGGGAGGCAGACGACGAAGCUGCGCUGCGCAACCUGACCACCAACACGUCCCUGACGUUGGCCAGCAUCGGAUCCCUGCGACCGGCGCGGGUGUUCAGCCUGCGCGUCAAGGCCGAGAACGGCGUCGGGUGGGGACGCUUCAGCGGGUGGGUCACGGCCAACACCGAGGAAGACAGCCCGGCCAGCCCGCCGGUCAAUAUCACCGCCAGACCGACGGGCCCGAACUCAAUCAAGAUAUCCUGGGAGCCUCCAAAAGAGGAAGACUGGAACGGGCACCUCAAGGGCUACUACAUCAGCUACCGCCCUGUGGGAUCCAGCGACCAGUACUACCACAAGACGGUGGACGUGCACAACCCGCAUCAGCGGCAGGAGAUUCACCUGACCAACCUGAGGCUAUCCAUGUCCUACAGCGUCACCAUUCAAGCCUUCACCAGCAAGGGAGCUGGACCCAUGUCCCAAGAGGUCCUGGUCAAGACGCUUGAUGAUGUACCACCGAGUCCUCCAACCCUGGAAGUUGUGUCCGUAACAACGAGCUCCGUCACCCUGGGAUGGUCCCUGAAGACGUCCUUCGGGAACCCUGUGACGGAGUACGUGCUCCACCAGCGCAAGGACUCCGACCAUUGGCAGGAGACGCCCAUCUCCACGGUGCAGCCCCUGCACACGGUUCGGGACCUAGAGUGCGGGACCACGUACCAGUUCUACAUGACGGCCCACAACUCUCUCGGGCGCAGCGAGCCCAGCGACGUGAUCCGGGCCAAGACCGAUGCCCCGCUGUCUCCGAGCAAGGAAGAGUUCAUCCAGGCGGCUCAGCGGCACGCCACCCUGAGCCUGCGCAGCUGGAAGAGCGGAGGCUGCGAGCUCCUGGACUUCUCCGUCCGGCUACGGCAAGGAGGCCCACCGCAGGCCUGGGCCAACCUGGCCGAAGGACUCCCGGCCAACCAGAGCCAGUUCCUACUGAGAAACCUGACACCCGGAGCAACCUACCACGUCCACGUCGUCGCCAAGUCCACCGCGGGGGCCACCGAGGCGCAGUAUGAGUUCGCGACGCUCAAUGGAACCACACACGUGGCGUCGGUGGAGGCCACGUCUACGCAGCCCAAACGCUCCACACUGCCGAGCAUGACGGACUUGGAGAUCAUCGUCCCGAUCCUGGUGUCCAGUUUCGUGGUCCUCGUGGUCAUCAUCGUCGGCUGCAUCCUCUGCUCGAGGGAGUCGCUGUGCGCGGAAAGGGACAACUGCGCACGUCCCGAACUGCGCAGCAACUACUCCGAGGAGGUGGUGGCCAUGAAGGAGCUGGCGAACGCGGCCGAGUGCAUGGCCCGCUGCGAGGACGGCAUGCACGCCCCGCAGAUGGGCAGCCCCUUCCCCACGGCCCAGUCCAUCUACGCACAGAGGCCCGGUAAGAAACGGAAGAUGACCCCUACGCGAUGCCAUACGAUGUCCUACACCGAAACGGAGCCGAAGAAGGCGAUGCUGGAUGCCAAAAUCAUCUAGAGAGGAACACCCUC